UCUGCGUGAACUUCGUUAGUACUGUGUGUAUUUGGCUUAAGACUGAGCGAGGGAUUUUUGAAUUUUUUGUAGUUUAGACCAUAAUGGCGAGAUUUAAAGACAGGAAAGUUUCAGCUGUAUGUGUAAUUGAAUUUAAAGAACUGGUCCAACAACAGACAUUUGGAAAGUUGUCAGUAGAGCUUAUUAAAUACAUAUUAUAUCAAAGGGAGCAAAUUCCACUUCCGUUCGUACAACUAAAGCGAUGGCUGACAGAUGAAUCAGAAAAGGUAGAUUCCGCUAAGCCUAUUGGCAAUGCUGAAUCAAAUGUUAGUCUUUGCACAAACAUUAAACUAAACCAGGAAAGAAAACAAUCAGAACUCAUUAGAAAUAAAAAAAUGAGGAAGGCUAAAAGAUUUUUAGAGAGCUGUGAAGAGGUCUUUGACUCUGUUCUCCUCACUGUGGGAGAAAAGCAAAGUGAUUUCAAGCUUCAACAAGUACUUGUGUGUCUUGGUGGAACACCUGUCAGUCCCAAAGAAGUUUACAUCAUUCGACUGCCACGUCAACCAACUUGUAAACAUUGCAUUCACAGUGCACCAAAAUCUUUUCGUAGUUGUAUGACACGACUUUUCAGAGAGAUGAUUAGCACAGAUGGGCUUUUAAGCUCAAGUAAAUUGUCUCCUACCCAGUGUACUAUUAUGUUGCAGGUUUUAAGGAAAAACCCACUUCCAAAAAACAUGGAACCUAAACUGUAUUUUAAAGUUCCAGUUCGAGGAAAACAUGUUAUUUUAGAUUUUUGUUUUUCUAAUUGUUGUCAUGUUGAAAUGGACCAGUUUCCUGUUUUUUCAGAUUCUGAUAUGGAUCUCGGUGAAAGUGUUAAUAAUGAUAUAAACAUAAUUGCAGUUGGUGACUUGGAAAGCACCAAUAACUCCAAUAUGGAUAAGAGCUUGGUUUGUUUGGUGGAAGAUCUAACCUUGAAAAUUCCAUCAGAAGAUGAUUAUAUCUGGGUUCAACUCAAGCCUACCAUUAAGGGAUUCAAAGAUUCUUGCACUAAACAAGCCUCAGAAUUAAAUAUAUGGAUGUAGACAUGCCUUUGUUGUUAGUGAAGGCUAUACUGUUAAACCAUUACUUGAAUAAACAUGCAGCUCAGUGAAAUAAAUUUGUAUGUAGCCAAACUUUAAAGGAUUUAUAAUAUCAAAGGUUAUUGCAUGUGAUAUGUACUGUAUAUUUUGUGCAUGAAUUGAAAAGAUAAUACAUAAAAACAUAUUAAUGAACUUUACAAAAUUACUAUUUUAUAUGCAUGGUUACACUGAAUAAUGAAGUGAUAGGCACAGAAAGUAAUAUUCAUAAACUUUCGUCUGGAUAUAACAAAAGUGCACAUAUUAAAUUAUUUUAAAGUAGGGAUGUACUGAUACAAAAAUUUUAGCCAAUACCGGUACUGAUUUUUAGUGCCAUAUUGAUACUUUAUUUUUUUGCCAAUAUUGAUACCUUCAAAAAAUUAAUCAUUUUGGAAAUUUGUUUCUCAUUAUGAUUUUAAUUAUUUCAUAUAAGGUUAAGAAAUCAUUUUGUUAUUAGAUGUUCAUCAGACUAUGACUUAUUUAUUAGGAGUAGGUGAAAAAAAGUAUAUUGACAAAGAUACUGUAUUUUGACUAUGUUCAGUUAUAAAAAUGGAACAUGGUAUGGUAUAUUAAUUCAUCAAAGAAUAUAGGAUAGGUUAAUGUAGUCAUGCAUAGAAAUAUAAGAAAGAUAAAUAACUAAAAAAAAAUAUAUAUUUUUUUUACAUAAUUUCAUUUGAAAUUUGAUAUCUCUCAAAAGUAUGAACACGGUAGACCUAUGGAACAUUAGCAAAAACAUAACUAGUUUCAUCAUUUUCAUGCAUAAAAAUAAUGUACAGAAUAACACAAGAAAUGUAUUGAAUUAUUUUCAAAAAUCUGCCUUAAAUUUCAUAUCCUUUUUAUAUGAAUUAUGAACAAGUUCACAUCAUUUUUUAUAAUCAUUUAUCAAUAAUUUUAAAAAUAGUACUAUACACUAAUAAAAUUCCAUAGUUUAAAACAUACAUUGUAUAUAAGUAUGAAAAACUGAAUAACACAAACAUAUUUAGAAUUUUUAUCCUUGGCAUCCUUUUGUUAGCUACUCAAUAGGCAAGUAAGGCAAUCUGAUCCAUAUUUUAAAAUUUUGAAAGGCUAAUUGAGCAAUGAUUUUUUCUUUUUUACUUAAAAACUGAAAAUCCUUUUUUUAUUAUUAUUACAAUUCUUGUAGAAUAAUUUAAGAUUUAUCAGCACCAAACUUUUAAGGCAUAGUAUUGGGUUUAACUUAGUUGUGGAAUUUAUUUUAUAGUUUAUAACAAGGAUAUUUGGUUUAAUAUAUAAAGUUAAACAAUUUAUUAAUAUCCUGACUUUAAACAGGGAAACAAAUCUGUAAUUUGCAUGAUUUCCAUCAUAAAUUUUAAACCUAUUGGUUUCUAAUGUUUCACCAUUUAAAUUAUAACUUCUAUAUUGCCCUUACUUUAAACAGCUAUCUCAUUAUAUUACUUGAAACUGGUGUUGUUGUUUUUUUUCCCUUUAAAUACUACCUACUGUGUUUUUGUAAAUGAAUGUUGAUCCGUAAAAACUUGUGAUUUAUCCAAUA